AUGAGUAAACUUAGUGAACUAUUAAUUGAUUAAGAGGAGAGACAACCUAAUUUCAUUACUUAAUACUGUAGGCCUUUGAGAAUUCUGGGGAAGGGAGCGUUUUCUACAGUGAUUGAGAUUCAGAAUUUGAUGACGAAUAAGAAGGCAGCUCUCAAAAUUAUUGAGAAGUCAAAUUUCAAUACUUUACAAUUAGAUGUGUUAAGAAAGGAGGCUCAGUUGUUAAAUUAAUUGAAUCAUUAAAAUAUUGUAAGAGUUACAUUUAGUAAAGAGACCAAAAGUAAAUUAUUUAUAAUGAUGGAUCUCAUCACAGGAGUUACAUUGGAACAAUUUCAAUUAAACAAGUUAGACGAUUAGACUGUGCAUAACAUAGUGAAACAAUUGUUAUAGGCAAUCAAGUAUUUGCAUUCCAAGGAUAUUAUACAUCGAGACAUUAAGCCAGAAAAUAUUAUGAUUUCUCAAACGGGCGAGGAUGUUCGAGUAACUUUAAUUGAUUUCGGUCUUUCGGCUUAAUUGACUUAUUUGGAGGGAUCUGGAAUAAUGAGUGACAAUUGUGGAACCUUCUUGUACAUGGCUCCAGAGAUGAUUUAGAAAAAGAAAUAUAACAGAAGUGUGGAUAUAUGGGCAAUGGGCAUUGUGGUUUUCAAUCUCUUGACUCAGGGCAAACAUCCAUUUUACUAAUAGUUUGAUGACAAAGAAUCUUAUUGUGAAAGGAUCCAAUGGAUGAAAUGGAAUUGGCAACCAGGGAUGAAUAACAACUCAAUUAAUUUCUUGAUUAGAACAGUAGCUUUCUUGCCAGAGAAUCGUUUGAACAUUAUCUAAUGUUUGGAUCAUCCUUGGAUCACAGGCAAAUAAGACUCUGAUGAGCCUUUCACUUUCAUAGAAAUACUCAAAAGUCACUGUAAUUUUUAGAAAAUCAAGUCCUUGAUCCAAGCACUACAAUUCAUCUAGCAACUCAAAGUCUUAUGUCCCAAUGCUGAUUAAUUCAAACACUAUUCAACUCCAUUAGCCAAAGAACCUGUUAGAACAAUAAAGAUUCCAAAAAUCAAACAAUAAUCUAUUUCUCACACUAAUGAGAAGCUCAGAUAAGUAAAGUAGGAUGCACUCUAAGGAUCCAAUGUUGAUACUGCUUCUAUUGGAUCAAAUAGAGUUUCGUAAUUCAAAAUCUAAUCGAUUACUCUGAAAUCUUAAAGAAGGGAGAGGGCAUCCUGUGAUCAAUUGUAAAAGUUGUAACAACCAAAGGAGCCUUCCAAAUUUUUAUUUCCUCAUUUUCCAAGAUCAUUGGAAAGAAGUGUGAAGUCAAUUCAGACUACAAAUACGACAGCUGAUAAUUCUUUGAAUCAAUCCUCUAUUCUUCAAAAAUCUGGCAUUAUCGACAACAGACAAUCCUAGAACAAUAAGUAGACUAUUCAAUAAAUAAAGAGAACAACUCAUGUAUCAAGAGGAUAGAAUCUUAUCAUAUAAUAAGAGUUGCUGGCUAGUCAUAGGAUAAGAACAAACAAACCUCCAAUUUAGAAAAAGUCUUUAAACGAAUGA